CGUCUUCUGGACGUCUCUGCAGCCAGAGAUGAGCCUGGAGAAGGAGGAAGAGAGAGAUUGAGGUUCACCUGGUGAAAAAGGACGACCCGAGCCAUUGAGCCGGAUACGCCAGUUUGAUCUCAGGAUGGCUGAGGAGGAUCUCCAGGGUUCGAGCACCCGUUUCUCCCUCUCCUUCUCAGGCAGUGGCUUUCUUGUCCUGUACCAGGUCGGUGUGGUGCAGUCCCUCCUGGAGCUGGCUCCUGAACUCCUCAAGUCCGCAUGCAAGGUCUACGGGUCGUCAGCCGGCUCGCUCAUCGCCGCCGCCGUGGUGUGUGGUGUCGGCCUUGAUGACCUAAAGGAAUUUUUCUUUGCCAUGGCAAAGGAAGUCAGGAAAACCAUCCUGGGCCCCCUCUCUCCCAAGUGCAGCUUGCUGGCGAAUAUCAAGGCGGUUCUGCAGCGGAUGCUGCCGGAGGACUCCUACCAGCUGGCUUCGGGGCGGCUGCACAUCUCACUCACACGGGUGAUGGAUGGCCAAAACGUCAUGGUCUCUGAGUUCAGCUCCAAAGAGGAGCUCAUUCAGGCUCUCCUCUGCAGCUGCUUUCUUCCUAUCUACUGUGGAUUCAUCCCUCCAUCCUACCGGGGUGUGAUCUUCAACGGCAGCAUUCAGAUCUCGAUAGAAAACCUCUGCAGGAUUAGCUAUGCUCUCUUUCCACCUAGCACCAUGGUAUUGAAUGACAUUUUCUCGCAAGGGUACCAGGACACUGCCCUUUUCCUGUACAGGAACAAUGCCUUUGGCUUUAACUAUUUCGGUGGCAAUUUCCGCUUCGCCAGCAUGUGCGGGAAGAAUGACUCUGCACAGUCCAAGAGGACAUACACGGGUCUAUACAAAAGGGGAAACCGGCUGAUUUGGGUUCCAGUCCUGCUGCCGCAGUCUCCCUACUUAGGCCUGACCUGCUUUAACAUGAUGGCCGAGGAAAACCACCGCGGUGCUGCAGCUGUGACUUAA